GAUCCCAGGGAUAGUGACACUGGUUCAAGUAACUUGUAAUUCAGCCAGCAAUUCUGUUGUUUUUGCUGCCCUGAGGUCAGGCACAUUCUAGACACCCUCUGUCCAGAGAAACUGGGGCCCACGAUCCUGUGUCCCUCCCGGGCUCCAAAGGCACCCACUGCUGAGGUCCAGCAGGGUUCUUAUGGGAGUCGGACUUCCCACUGAUCCCUUACUCCUGCUUGAGUAAGUCCCCAGCCUGAGCAUCCUGUGAAUUGGUUGCCUUUUGCUUUGGAGAUGGAGUCACUGGGACCCCCUGAUAUGGCAAAUGGAACCCAGCUGAGACGAGAGUGCUGCCCCACUGGCAAGGGCUGUGAAGGCUGUUUUGACGUUCCUGAGGCUGCUUGCUGCCCCUCUCCACAGAAAUCAGCUGAGAGGAUGUCUGGAGAUAUGGACAAGCCUUUAAUUUCCCAUCAGCUUUUGCAGAGCAACCUCAACCUCACAGAGAUUCCCAGCCAGAACCAGACUGUGGGCAUCCUGGGCAGUGGGGACUUUGCCCGUUCUCUGGCCACACGCCUGGUGGGCUCAGGCUUUGGGGUCUUGGUGGGGAGCCGCAACCCCAAAAGAACAGCAGGAUUGUUCCCUGCUGCAGCCCAAGUCACCUUCCAGGCAGAGGCUGUGAGCGUGCCUGAAAUCAUCUUUGUGGCCAUGUACCGGGAGCACUACUCCACCCUCUGUGGCUUGAGCGACCUGCUGGCGGGCAAGAUCCUUGUGGACGUGAGCAACAGCACCGAGCAGGAGCACCUGCAGCAACGGGACUCCAACGCCGAGCACCUUGCCUCUCUCUUCCCUACGUGCACAGUUGUCAAGGCCUUCAAUGUCAUCUCUGCCUGGACCCUGCAGGCAGGCCCACGAGACGGGAACAAACAGGUGCUCAUCUCCGGAGACGAGCAAGAAGCCAAGCGUAAGGUCUCCGAGCUGGCCCGAGCCAUGGGCUUCAGCCCCGUAGACAUGGGGCCCCUGGUGUCUGCCCGGGAGAUCGAGGCGGUCCCCCUGAGGCUGCUCCCCGAGUGGAAGGUUCCAGCCAUCCUGGCCCUGGGCCUCUUCGUUUGCUUCUACACCUAUAACUUCAUCCGGGACGUGCUGCACCCCUAUAUCCAAGAGCACAAGAACCGCUUCUACAAGCUGCCCGUCUCUGUGGUCAAUACGACGCUGCCCUGCGUGGCCUACGUCAUGCUGUCCCUGGUGUACCUGCCCGGCGUGCUGGCCGCCGUCCUGCAGCUGCUCCGGGGCACCAAGUACCGCCGCUUUCCCGACUGGCUGGACCACUGGCUCCAGCACCGCAAACAGAUUGGCCUCAUCAGUUUCUUCUGCGCCUCUCUGCACGCCGUCUACAGCUUCUGCCUGCCGCUGCGCCGCUCGCAUCGCUACCAGAUUAUCAACGACGCCGUCAAGCAGGUCUUGGCAAACAAGAGCAAUAUAUGGAAUGAAGAGGAAGUCUGGAGACUGGAGAUUUACGUCUCCCUGGGAAUCCUGGCCCUAGGCAUUCUGUCAUUGCUGGCCAUCACCUCGCUGCCUUCUAUCUCAAACUCUCUCAACUGGAGGGAGUUCAGUUUUGUUCAGUCCACCCUUGGCUUCCUAGCCCUCGUGGUGACCACCUUUCACACGCUCACCUAUGGCUGGACAAGGGCCUUUGAGGAGAGCCGCUAUAAGUUCUACUUGCCUCCCACCUUCACGCUCACGCUGCUGGUGCCCUGUGUGGUCAUUCUGGCCAAAGGGCUGUUUCUGUUGCCCUGUUUUCGCCGUCGCCUGGCAAGGAUCAGAAGAGGUUGGGAGAAGGAGACCACGGUCAAGUUUCUGUUGCCUGCCGACACCCUCACACUGAAAAAACAAGCCACGUGUAAAUCACGUGUUCUCUUUGGGACAUACCCGUGAUACUUAAUGCACUAUGAAUACUUUAGGGCUUUCUUUUCCUUAAUUGUGCAAUUUGGUAUAAUUGUGGAUAAAUAAGAAUAUUUGGUGAUGUCUUGAAUUCCUGGGAAGUUAUUUUAUGCAGUAAUAUUCAAGAUAUGCAUAUAAAUAUAUGGAAUUUAUUAUAAUUAUCAUGUUUAAGAAAAAAGAAGAAGUAAAGCUACUGAGAUGUUGAUAUCUAGCUUUAAAAAUUCCAGAUGCUGGCAGGACAACGGAUCACACUACUCUUAUGACCACAUCUGCAGAAAUGUACUAAUGUAGGCUUUUCCUUUUUUUUGCACAGGCAGGGAAGUAAAAUGUUUAUACACAUUUAUUGUUAUGAUAAAUGUGGUUUAUUCCCUCCCUGGCUCCGAAAUGCUUUACCAGAAUUGAGUCGUUAAAAUAACAUAUGCCUAAAGCACAGUUAAAAUGGUAUUGUUAGCAGCGGUUCUCCCUGGUAUGGCUUCAAAUGUGUAGGAUCCAAAUUAUAAACCAGUUAAUGAAUGUCUCAGAAUGCAACUUUAUAGGCUCAUGCAGCACCAGCCAUGAAGAAAACUGCGACUGACUCUUCACAGCCCCCUCCCCAGAAGACAGUCCCUAGCUAAUAAAGGGAUGCUGACAGGAGAUGACUGGGGAUGAACAGGAGAGAACAGAAACAUCAUCCUUUGCUCCAGGGGAGUUGGGGACUGGAGCUGCUCUACCUAAUCUCUCCCCUGACUGGGAAAGAUUUUUUCCUGAAAGUCAGAAAUCACCACUGGCAGCUGCAAAUUGAUUAUCAUGCAGACGUGUGAAGUCUCUUCCUUACCAGAGCAGCUAAUGAACACAAUCUUGAGUAAAAGUAUAAUUUCUUUUCCUUCCUUUAUGUUUCUGAUGAUCAUCCUUUAAACCAUUGUGCCUUCUCACCUUUGAGAACAUUAUUUUGAUUUUCUCCCGAGAAGAUAUCAAAGCAUUAUCUGGAAAAUCAGGUUAAGGGGGGAAAAAAGGGGGUCCAACUUCGGAGUUAAGCCCUUUCCAAGAACCUUCAGCUAUUUUCUCCACUAUAUUGACAGUCUCAGUCUCUCUCUCUCUCUGUGUCUCUCUCUGUGUCUCUCUCUGUCUCUGUCUCUCUGUCUCUCUGUCUCUCUCUCUCUCAAGAUAGACAGGGAGAUAGAAUCUCUCACAAAAUGAUCUAUGUUGCAGCUAUGCAGAAUGGCUGCUUGACAACAGAGUAACUGACCCAGGAAAAGUUACUGAUAAGCCACACUGUUGCUGAUUUCCUCCUAAUGGGAGUUCUGUUUUUGUUGUUGUUGUUGUUUUUAUUUGCUUGAAGGGUGUUUUUUCUGCCAGGGGUCCAAACGUGAAGAGUUGCUGCCUAAAAGUACAAGAGCCGUGUACAAGGCUUGGAACAUUGCCCAGGGCUGUAGGAUAUUUACCAUCAGAUCAUAUGCCAUCCCUUAUGAGUUAGUAUGAAGAAGCCUCUUCCCAGUCCCAGUAGGGGAGACAGGAGGGAGGGAGGCAGGGAGUGGGGAUGGGGGUGCUCAUAAGGAGAGGAUGCUCUUCUGUGAGCCGAGCUUUCUGUCCUUUGACAGUUAACCGAUUUCCCAUCAAGAAAACAUGAUCUUUGAACAGAAAGGGGAAAUGGGCAGUACUGGAUGCAGUGAAAGGAAUUUGUAUUCUGCCACACCAAGGGGAGCGUAUUUGUCCCGGCCGUAUUUUCUGAGUGUACUUGGGGUAGGCCCCAAUUCAUCGCCUGUCCCUAGGAAGGGAGGCACAGAUAGGCACGGUAGUGGCCAAAGUGGAGAAGACUCUGUUUAGUUUGCUAUGAGAAUUGGCACCGUUUCCCAGCCAGCUCUGGAAACAAGGCACUGACUUCCCUCCUGGGAACGUGUGCAGUGCAUUAGAACCCUCAGGACAAAGCUCACGGGAGGGCAAGGGGAUCUUAUGAGGCCAGUGGCUGAGAAAAGAGGAAGCCUGUGCAAAGUCUUUAUCUACUUCUUGGUAAAUAACGGACACUGGUUCGUCCCAAACCCAGCAGUAGAAAUCUGCCCAAGAUGACUGACACGGGUGGGGGAGUCGGUGAAUGAAGACCACUACUAGGUGGCUAGCUUUACCAUGGCUUGGUGUAGUCAGGAUUCGUAAAUUCCACCUAAAGGAGUCCAGGGUGGAGCAUGGGACCAUGAAAUCUACCAAUAAUCCAAGACGCCUCAUUGGACGGUGUUUUUACAUUCUUCACCCUACAAAGGAAAUUGCUGACAAGUGGCAAAAAGAUGUCUACUUCUCCCUGCCCCUACCACCUUUUGCAAUAGGUGCUAAUGAGCAGCAAAAUGCCUAAGAGGUAAGCAGUGGGAGGGAAUCAAGAAGCAAUGAGCCUGGAAAACCCACCAUUCAGAUAAUCAGCUUCUGAACAAGAGACUCGGCUGUGUGUGUGUGUGUUUAUUCUGGGCCUCUGUCCGCUGCUACUUUUCCCUACCUCACCAGGAAACUGAUUAUAUCAUUGCCAAGACAGCAGUUCACCUCAGUUACAGCCUCAUCUUUUCUAUGUGCCUCUAGGUAAAAAUGUGCCUGAACGAGCUCUCAAAAUCCUAAAUGUCACAAUAUAAGGUUUACUUUUCAAAUCUAUGCUAUUUAAAGUCUGUGUACUUACUUGUGUUUUAACUUUGUAGAGAAUGUUUAGGAGGCGGCGACAAUAAAUACAGAUACUGAUGA